AUGGAUUCCAAAGAAUCCUUGAAUCUUGAACAGAACCGCAUCCUCGAUGACUACUCAGAUCCACCGCCUGCAUAUUCGCCUGCGCGUGCUUCAGUUGCGUCCUCGGAAGCGUCCCUCUGGACCAUCGAGCCCGAUUUCCCCCCUGAGUUUACAAACGACUCGCGGGAGCUGGACUACUGCUUUGCUCCGGAAAAAGAUGGCAAGUUCGGUAUCAAUGCGGACAUCACUUCACGCACGUCUGCCUUCAUCCAGGCGUUCAUGCGGCCGAGCACGCAGGCUCGGUUGGUGAGUGUAGGGUUGAAUCGCAGCGAGUCUGGAGAGAGUAGCAGCAGCAUUCCUUCGAGUGUUGAACCCCAAUCAGAAAGCCCUAACCCGCCACCAUUAGACAUCGUGGUGAUGGUUGUCGACGAAUCCAUUGAUCCAUUCAUAAGCAUCGCAAAACAACUCCAACAAGACUCCCAUCGCGUCCGGAUCGCUGCAGAUGGAUCAUGCGCAUCUCGAGUACGAAAUCACGGACUGGACUUCUUCGCCAUCCCCCCGAUCUCCUCCUCUCCACGAAGCCACAGGACAGCCAAUGGUCAGACUGUCAACUCGGCCGAUAACCGAGCGAACCACCUCCGCAACCUUCGCCAUUCCCUCUUCGAAGCAUACAAAAGAUGCUGGCAGGCCUGCAUUGCACCAUACCAAGACGACGCCCGUCCCUUCAUGGCGGAUGCGAUUAUCGCUACCCCAGCCGCACAUGCCCACAUCCACUGCGCAGAACGUCUGUCGAUCCCGCUUCAUAUCAUGUCCGCGACGCCCCAGAGCCCUACCAAAGCCUUCCCGCAUCCUAGAGCGCGUCUGGAUGCCAACGAGGAGAUUGAUCGGCCAACUGCAAAUAUCCUGUCUUAUGCGUUGAUCGAGGAAUCGACGUGGCGUUUAAUCCUGGAGCCCCUCAAUAUCUUCCGACGACAAGUCCUUGGGCUGAUGGGCAUUUCACCCACCGUGGCGGGGAGGCUGAUGAUCGACCAAGAGAUUCCGCAUACGUACUUCUCUUCGAGGGUUCUGGUCGCGAAGCCGAGGGACUGGGCUCUCAAUCAUGAGAUGUCCGGUUAUAUUUUCCACGAGCCUGAAGAGUCCUACCACCCACCGAAGGAUCUUGACAACUUCAUCUCGUCGGGAGCAGUACCGAUUUAUCUCAUAAUGAGGGACACUAGCAUUGUGGACUCGGAUCUGCUGGCUACAGUCAUUCAAGAAAGUAUCCUAUCACGUGGGCUUCGGAUUGUUGUCUCCGAAGAGUGGCGGCAUGUCUGUGCGAAGCUGGACAAUCCCAAUGUAUACGUUGUCAACUCCAGUGCCAGCGACUGGCUACUCCCCAGAGUAUCCCUCGUCAUCUACAGCGGGAGCAUAGACACCACGAAAACGGCUUUACGGCACGGUAGACCAAGUGUGGUCAUCGGACAUACCGACGACCACCUUUCAACCGGCCAGACCCUCGCGAAAAUCGGUGCCGCCGCCUCGCCACUACGCGCCAACGAGCUCACCUCCGAGGCCCUCUCCCAGGCAAUUUCCUUCUGCCUCCGCGUGGAUGUCCAACAGACCACCCGAGCGAUUCAGCGACAGCUACUCGACGAGGCCGGGGCCGUCAGCGCCAUCAAGCUCUUCUAUCGCUGGCUGCCUGCGCAGGUACAACCCUGCAGCAUGACCAAGCAGGACCUGGCGAUGUACCAGAUCUGGAACCGGCCGUCGCAGGCGAUCUCAGCAGAGGCGGCGGCCGUUCUGCUGCAGGAGCAACGCAUCAAGCUUACGGAUCUCGUGCUGUAA